CAUCCACCUGAUCCCUUGUAAUAAACCAUGUUAUGAAGUUGGAUCAGUGCAAUAGAUAUUUUGUGCCAUGAAAGUUACUAUUCUAAAUACAUAAUCGAUAUAAUUCGGAUAUUAUUAUAUAUUCGAGUUACACUAUAUAUAAAUUUUAUUAAAUAUUUUGUAUUCCUGAAGAUAAGAGCAGAAUAUAAAAAAAGAUAUAUAUCAUACCCACUAACAUCCGCCGUCAUGAUCGUUUUCAACAUUUCAACCAUAUCCUUAAAACACGUAGUAUAUAUGUAUAUGCAUACAUAUAAUUAAAGUUACACCACCACUACUUAAUAUCACUUGUGAAAACACAAGAAUAUAUAAUUCGAAAUAGUUUUGAGAGAAGAAAUUAAUUAAUGGGUUCAUUAAUGGCAGGUUGGGAUUCACGAGUUCGUGACCCUAAAUCCAUAAAUCUAAAGAGGAACGUGUCGAUGACCAACGAAGAAAUCGCAAAUUAUUGGAGAUCAAAGAAAAACGACGAACAAGUACAUGCAGGUGUUCUUACAUCUUGUCAGACGUUUUCGAUGGAAAAUUAUAAGAAAAAUGAGUUGGAAAAAAUAUAUGGUAGAUCAAAUUCCCUUCCGAUCACAAAAGAAUAUUCCGCUAUAGCAACUUCAGAAGAAGAAGAAGAAGAUGACGAAAAACUUUUCAAGCGCCAUGGCUGGUGGAUGAAUAGUAGAUGGGCGUUUUUAAAUGAACCACCUGUUAUUGCAUCGGAAACACCUGUGGUCAGAUAUGCUUCGCAAUUCCAUGUUGCUCAAAAACACAUCAACGCCUCCGACCACCAUGCUGCCACCAACGGCAUUAGAACUUGAGUUUUGACUUUUUUUGUAACGAAAAACAUAUACUAUAUAAUGUCAUAUCUGUGAUGUGUGAAAAUUUGGUGUCGUUUUGGUUUAUGUGUUCGUAAGUUAUAAUUUUUAAAUAUUAUAACAAGUAUAUAUCAAAAAUGUUUAAUGUAUUGUAGUAACUGUAACGUAUUGUCAGAUGCUUUUGUGUUAAUAUAUGUCUUUAUAUGUAACGCUAAUUUAUACGAAUGUAUUCAAGCCUAUCUAUGGUGGUUUCAUGCUCGAAUA